CGGACCGUCUCUGCAGACGUCACGACAUAUAAGUUCUGCGAGAGGUCUCGGACCGCUAUAUCGGCCUUCUAAACAUAUACUGUGUACUGGUCAGCCGCCUAGGCUUCUUGGAUGCUCCUCUAGAAGACAGAUAUAUAAGAACAAGAGUCUCCUACUCAACCUACAGACCCAACUCAUACGGUUCGAUACUCUUUCAAAAGAAUACCAAUAUGCUAGUCUUCGGCUUGUUAUGUUGUCUGUAUAUGACAGGAGCUUUGGCGGCGUCACUGGCAGCUCAAGCACCUUGUACACUUUCGGCAAGCGGUGGUGAUGAUGCUCCGACCUUCGUCUCUGCUGUUCUCGAUCCAGCAUGUCCAGAAAUCGUGAUCCCCGCAGAUACCACUCUCAAUAUCAGUACCAAAAUGGAUAUGACAGGGGCACAAAAUAAACAUGUUAUUUUGGAAGGAACGGUCAAAUUUAACCCGGAUAUUGAUUAUUGGGUUGCAAACGCAUUUCCUAUCACUUUCCAAACCCAGAUAACAUAUUGGUUCCUCGGUGGCUCAAACAUCGUGAUGGAUGGCGGCGGAACGCUUGAUGGCUCUGGUCAAGUAUGGUACGAUGCGUUCAAAAAGGACGAUUCACUACUCCGUCCCAUUAUUCUUACGAUUUUCAAUGGAACGAACGUCCUUGUUGAGAACAUUAAAAUGAUUAAUUCUCCAGAAUGGUUCAACCUCGCACAUUCAUCCGUAAAUGUCACUUAUUCCGGGAUAAAUCUUACCGCAGUCUCGACAUCGAGUGCAAAGAUCGCAAAUACGGAUGGUUGGGACAUCUACCGCACGGAUCAGGUAGUCAUCAAGGACAGUGUAAUUAAUAAUGGGGAUGAUUGUGUGAGCUUUAAACCGAAUGCCACAAAUAUCCUUGUGUCAAAUUUGACUUGCUCGGGCUCUCACGGUAUCUCCGUCGGCUCUCUUGGACAAUUCGAAGGCGUGUUUGAUAUUGUCGAAAACGUGACUGCAACAAAUGUCCGAAUGUCCAACGCGGAGAACGGCGCUCGUAUCAAAUGUUGGGCGGGCUCGGGCGUCGGAAGUGGUAUCGUAAAGAAUAUCACAUUCGAAAACUUCGUCGAGAGCGCCGUGGACAAUCCGAUCGUUAUUGAUCAGUGUUAUAUGACCUCUGCGGAUGACUGUGCCGAGUUCCCGAGUAACACAUUGAUUCAAAACGUUGUAUUCACCCAUAUUUCGGGCACCGGAACGAGCAAGACUGUCGCGUCACUUGACUGCUCUCCAGAUGGCAGAUGUAGCAACAUCACUGUCUCAAAUAUUGAUCUCUCUGCACCCAGUGGGACGGCUGAGUUUGAGUGCGAGAACGUUGUUUUGACCGGUAGUUCUGCUUCUCUGUUCGGGACCUGUGAUACGACAUGAGGCUGUUUCAGAUGGAAGCGCUCGUCUGUACUGUAUUGCUGUGAAUGCCA